CCAUGGAACCACGAACUCUGCAACUAAUGGAGCUACAAACCCAGCAACAAAUCGAGGAUGGAGGAAACAACCAAGCAGCCGGGAGUAGUGCCAACACGGAUUUCUGGCGAAGCCGUACCAGGUGGAUUCCUACUCCAGAUCAAAUAAGAAUCCUCAAGGAUCUUUACUACGACAAGGGAGUUAAGACCCCAACUACAGAGCAUAUUCACGAGAUCUGUCUCCAGCUGCAACAGUAUGGACAGGUUGAGGGCAAGAACAUUUACUUUUGGUUCCAGAACGUCAGGGCUCGAGAGAAGCAGAUGAAGAGGUGCAAUCAGGCUGCUCAAGUGCCCAUGGGAACUAGUUCUCCUGGUACUGGUGGAUCCAUUGAUCUCAAUUUUGGGUCCACUGGUUCUACUGGUGCUGGUGGAUCCAUCGACAUCAAUUUUGGGCCAGCUGGUGGAUCCAUUGACAUCAAUUUUGGGUCCACUAGUUCUACUGGUGCUGGUGGAUCCAUUGAUCUCAAUUUUGGUUCCACUGCUUCUACUGGAGGACAAUCUUCCAUGGAACAACGAGGAGGAGUUCGCCAGGAGUUUGAAACUCUUCCUCUGUUCCCCGUGCACGGCGAGGACGUCUAUGGUAACCCGAAGACUACUUCCGAGGAAGGUAGCGCAUAUGAUUACUAUUUCGGUGGCUCAGGCGGUUACAACCGUGGAUCUCCAGUUUCUCUUGAGCUCAGCCUCAACCCAUCCGGAGCUACUGAUUAGGCUUAGUAUAGCGUAGUUCCAAUUUCCUUUUUGUAAUAUUAAAUCAAUAAGAUGGUGUGCAUGUUUUCUUUUC